AUUUCAACAGCGGGCACACACACCCUCUUACCAAGGGUACUUCCCCAGCCUUCCCAGGGAAGCAACGAGUGCCUCCAGGCUCCCUGCUUGAUGCCACUCUCUGGACCUGCUUUGGGGGUCUAAAUGCAAGAGAGCCGUGUGUCGUGUGUUGGAUAACUAGCGAUGGAAGAAAAAAUCUCUAGGAGAACAGCUAUGAAAGCUGCUGAGAUCUGCCUGCAUCACCUUUGCCUCCCCAUCCCACACAGGAUAUAAGCACAUGAUCUUCGGUCUUUUAUUUGCAUACUCUACUAGUCCUGUCUUCAUUGGAGGGAAGUGACUGGCAAGACCUGGGCUGUCUUGCUGGCUGCCUUCCUUGCUGGGCUCCAACUUAUCUCCUAUGUACACAGCCCUUGGAGUUCAGAGGCCUCUGCUGACCUCUGUCCAACCUCUCCUCUGCACCCAAGCCCCCACUGGUACAUACAGGAGCAGAGGCAGACAAGGCAGGCAAUGACUAGGAGACAGGAGAGGGGCUGGAGACAGGCUGCUAGAGGGCUCAGAACCCCAGCACACCUCCCUGUCACAACUCUGUCCACCACCUGCUGUGACCACAGCAACAGAAGAGACAGCUAAUAAGACAAAGUGAGGCCCGGUACCUUGUGGACAGUGGUGUCAUUAGCUGCGACGCCUAAGAUGUCUCGAGAGAUGGGAGAACUCACCCAAACCAGACUGCAGAAGAUCUGGAUUCCACACAACGGUGGCAACAGCAGGCUGCAACGCAGGAGGGGCUCAUCCAUACCCCAGUUUACAAAUUCCCCCACGAUGGUGAUAAUGGUGGGUUUACCAGCUCGAGGAAAGACCUACAUCUCCACGAAGCUCACACGAUAUCUCAACUGGAUAGGAACACCAACUAAAGGGCUCCUGCUUUCAGUGUUUAAUUUAGGCCAGUAUCGACGAGAGGCAGUGAGCUACAAGAACUACGAAUUCUUUCUCCCCGACAACAUGGAGGCCCUACUUAUCAGGAAGCAAUGUGCCCUAGCAGCCCUGAAAGAUGUCCAUAACUAUCUCAGCUGUGAGGAAGGUCAUGUUGCGGUUUUUGAUGCCACCAACACUACCAGAGAACGACGGUCACUGAUUCUGCAGUUUGCUAAAGAACAUGGUUACAAGGUCUUUUUCAUCGAGUCCAUUUGUAAUGACCCUGACGUCAUUGCAGAAAACAUCAGGCAAGUGAAACUUGGCAGCCCUGAUUACAUAGACUGUGACCAUGAAAAGGUUCUGGAAGACUUUCUAAAGAGAAUCGAGUGCUAUGAGGUCAACUACCAACCGUUGGAUGAUGAACUAGACAGCCACCUGUCCUACAUCAAGAUCUUCGACGUGGGCACACGCUACAUGGUGAACCGAGUGCAGGACCACAUCCAGAGCCGCACAGUCUACUAUCUCAUGAACAUCCACGUCACACCCCGCUCCAUCUACCUAUGCCGGCACGGUGAGAGUGAACUCAACCUCAGAGGCCGCAUCGGAGGUGACUCUGGCCUCUCAGCUCAGGGCAAGCAGUAUGCCUAUGCCCUGGCCAACUUCAUUCAGUCCCAGGGCAUCAGCUCCCUGAAGGUGUGGACCAGCCACAUGAAGAGGACUAUCCAGACAGCUGAAGCCCUGGGUGUUCCCUAUGAGCAGUGGAAGGCCCUGAAUGAGAUUGAUGCGGGUGUCUGUGAGGAGAUGACCUACGAAGAAAUCCAAGAACACUACCCUGAAGAAUUUGCACUACGAGACCAAGAUAAAUAUCGCUACCGCUAUCCCAAGGGAGAGUCCUAUGAGGAUCUGGUCCAGCGUCUGGAGCCAGUUAUAAUGGAGCUAGAACGGCAGGAAAAUGUAUUGGUGAUCUGCCACCAGGCUGUCAUGCGGUGCCUCCUGGCCUACUUCCUGGACAAGAGCUCAGAUGAGCUGCCGUAUCUCAGGUGCCCUCUGCACACAGUGCUCAAACUUACACCUGUGGCUUACGGCUGCAAAGUGGAGUCCAUCUACCUGAACGUGGAGGCUGUAAACACACAUCGGGAGAAGCCUGAGGAUUAGUGUCCUUAUAAGAAGAGACCCUCUCUCCACCAUGAACACAGCAAGAAGGUAUUCAUCUGCAAGCCAGGAGGAGAGGCUUCACUAGAAACUAACCCUGCUGGACCUUGAUCCAGGACUUCCAGCCUUCAGGACUAUGAUAAAAUAAAUUUCUGUUGUUUAAGCCA